ACACUUGAUUAAGCUCUUUUGAAGAGGCAUGGCGUACCUUGCAGUUAAUAGAAGCGUUUAAGGGUGAAACUUUAUGGACAUGGCCUCAGAUACAUGGAAUUUUUUCCCUUCUGGAAAAUUUGGGCAAAGAUAACUCCGGCUGAAUUCUGUCCUGAGUGGUAAAGCUCCCCAGGUUGAUUGCAGGCUCAAGAUGUGGACAAAAUGGCUAGGAAAAGGGAGAAAUUUAGCUGUUUAUCAUGGCGGAAUGUGGGAAACAUGACAGCAAAAACAUUGUUUUCAUGUAAUAUCACAACAGCAUUUCUGUCUUUAAUUAUUGCAGAGAAAUGUGAAGCCUAUGAUGUGAUGUUGAGGCAGAGUCUUGUGCCUGAUGGACAGCCUCUUGCUAUUAAAUGUUCACUGGAAAAGAGCUUGAAAAGUGGAGACUACAACUUAACAUGGUAUAAAGUUGGUAACCAGACAGCUGUGCCUAGAGACAAACUUUCUAGAAUUCAUCAGCAGAAGAAUUUAAUUUGGUUUCUUCCUGCAAUGUUAGAAGAUUCUGGAGAUUAUGAAUGUGUCAUAAGGAAUUUGACAAGCUCCUGGAAAAUGUGUACAAAAGUAACAGUUUUUGCGAGGAUUGAUGGUUUAUGCUUAAAUGAAAAAUUUGCUGUAGAGGAGGUGAUAUUCACAUUAUCAUCUGCAAAGCUUGUGUGUCCACACUUGUAUUAUUUCAGGAAUGAGAAGAAUAUUCAGCCUGUUCGUUGGUAUAAGGACUGCCAGCUGCUGGAAGGGAAAAGGUUUGCCUUCUCAAACAGUGAUCUUAUAAUUUUCAAUGUGACUGUACAUGAUCAAGGAAACUAUACAUGCAAAACAACAUAUACCCACAAUGGAAAACAAUAUAACAUUUCACGAGACAUCAGUCUGACUGUAGAAGUGAGCCCACCAAAAAAGCCCCCUGAAAUAUCUUAUCCAAGAAACAACUCCAUUGAAGUGGAACUUGGCUCACAGGUUACAGUGGAUUGCAAUACAACAGGUGCUGAUGGGUAUGAGGUGUUUUGGACAGGCAACGGUGUGUAUAUUGAUGUAUUUUAUAUGAGCAGAAUUUUUGCAAGUCCCUAUGAGGAGGAAACUUCUUACGAUGGACGCCCUAUGCAUUCUGUGAAGCUAAUAAUUUCGGAGGUGAAUAAUGAAGACUAUGAACAACCAUUUGUCUGUCAAGCUUCAAAUGCCUUUGGGCAGGUUGCAUCCUAUAUUAUAUUAAAACACAGAGUUCCUGAUAUACAAAGAUGGCUGACUGGAGGGCUUGUGUCUCUGUUAAUUUUAACAUUUAUUACUUUAAUAAUCUACAAGAUUUUCAAGAUUGACUUGGUGCUUUGGUACCGUAAUUCUGUCUGUGCCUUUGCAAGUAAGGAAGAUGGGAAAAUCUACGAUGCAUAUGUCCUGUCCGCAAAAACCAGUGGAGACAGAAGUUUCUAUCGUCUGGAAACCUUUGUUCGUAGAAUACUCCCUGAAGUUUUAGAACAACAAUGUGGAUAUAAUCUCUUUAUAUUAGGAAGGGAUGAUUUACCAGGAAACGCUGUGGUCAGUGUUGCUGAUGAAACCCUUAAGCAAAGCAGAAGACUGAUGAUUAUUUUGGGAUCAGAAACAUCUAGCUGUUGCCUGUUAGAAGACACCUCUGAACAACAACUAGCUAUGUAUAAUGCUCUCAUCCGUGAUGGGAUUCAAGUGAUUCUUAUAGAAAUGGAUGAAAUACAGGACUACACAAGCAUGCCGGAAUCAAUCAGAUACAUUAAGCAAAAACAUGGAGCUAUCCAAUGGAAAGGGGACUUCUCAGAGAAAUCUUGUUCAGCAAAUACAAGAUUCUGGAAAAAUGUGCGCUAUCAAAUGCCAUCCAGGAAAAAGGUAUCUUAUUCUGAAGUGUAUUUGUUGCCCCUAACUUUGAACAAUUCUGCACCAAAUGGAAGUUAAGAUGCAAUUAUUAAAAUAAUACUGAG